AUGGACAGAAGACUCAACAUCACUCCAGAAGCCUUCGAUCAGCUGUUGAAUGAACACAACAUGAGCAGACUAGAGUUCAUAGCAGCUUAUGGUCUAAAACCUUUGGUCUACAUCCCAGAGCUGCCCUUUAAUGCCAAGGUCAUCUUCCUGGUGUUGUACAUCAUCAUCUUUAUCUUGGCUUUGUUUGGCAACACGCUGGUGGUCUAUAUCAUUAUAAGGAAGAAGGCCAUGAGGACAGCCACCAAUAUAUUCAUCUGUUCCCUGGCCUGUAGUGACUUGCUGGUAACUUUCUUCUGUAUCCCCUUCACUCUGCUACAGAACAUCUCUUCGGAGUGGCUGGGAGGGCCAUUUGUCUGUAAGAUGGUGCCAUUUAUUCAGACCACUGCGGUGGUGGCCAGUACGCUGACUAUGACCUGCAUUGCUGUGGAGAGAUACCAGGGAAUCGUACACCCACUAAAAAUGAAGAGACAGUACACCAACAGGAGAGCCUACAUGAUGCUGGGCUGUGUUUGGACAAUCGCUGUUGUUGUGGGAUCUCCGAUGCUCUAUGUACAGACACUAGAGGUAAAGUAUGACUUGCUAUACAACUUAUACCAUGUCUGCUGCCUAGAAUCCUGGGGAGAUGUCAGCCUGCGCAGGGCAUAUGCUAUUUUCAUCCUGGUGGCCCUGUUCCUGGUCCCUCUCACAGCGGUGCUGCUCUUGUACUCCUGCAUUGGCUACGAACUAUGGAUCAAGAAACGUGUUGGGGACUGCUCAGUGCUGAACACUUUGAGCCGUAAUGAGAUGGCAAAGAUAACUAGGAAAAAGAAGCGAGCUGUAAUGAUGAUGGUCAUCGUGGUCCUUUUCUUCACUGCCUGCUGGGCACCUUUUCAUGUGGUCCACAUCUUGUUUGAAUACAAUGAUCUAGAGGAGGAGUAUGAUGAUGUCACUGUGAAGAUGAUUGUGGCCAUUGUUCAGGCAGUGGGAUUUUUUAACUCAUUCAACAAUCCUGUGGUUUACACCUUCAUGAAUGAAAAUUUUAAGAAGAGUUUGGUGGCAAUACUAUUCUGUCACUUUCGAGCUCAAGAAUCUGUUGACAAGAGGGACAGUCAGCAUUUGGAUAAACCCAAAGCAGGAGGUUCUGGUUUCCCCAGCCGGAGAGAUGGGCGCAGUGCCCACAGUCACCUCAGUGCGGAGAACUUGGAGCUUCGACUGUGUGAACAGUUACCUGCAGCCAAACUGGAAUCUGUUACUUACCCCCUGGUGAACUCCCACAAGGACCUCCUUACAAAUGGCCAAUCGGCAUAAUGA